GGAUGAUGAUGCUGAUGAUAAUGGUGAUCCUGGUCUUCAAGGAGAUGAAGACAAAGGAGUAGAUAAGGAUGCUGGUCUUCAUGGAGAUGAAGACAAAGGAGGAGAUAAUGGUGAUCCUGGUCUUCAAGGAGAUGAAGACAAAGUAGGAGAUAAGGAUGCUGGUCUUCAUGGAGAUGGAGAGGAAGGUGGAAAUAAUGAGAAAGAACCGAAGGAAGAUGAUAAUAAGAAGACUGGCAAUGCUGAUGGAUUGUGGUCUUCAAGGAGAUAAAGAGGAAGGAGGAAAUAAGGAUUUGGAUGCUGGGGUUCAUACAGAAGGAGAGAAAGGAGGAAAUGUUGAGAAAGAACAACCAAAGGAAGCUGAUAGGAAGAGGAGGAAUGCUGAUGAUGAUCAAGUCAAAGGGGCUAAGGAUAAGGAUAAGUGUAAAAUUUCUACACACGUCCCUACUCGCACCGCUGCUGGUAUUGAUAUUGUUGAUCUUCGUACUCCAACUCCUCCUCCUGCUCCUCCUCCUGUUGUUGAAGCAGUUGAGAAUGUAUAUAGCAGAAAGUCUUGGAGAGUUGAUUCUUCUGCUAAAAGGAAAAACAUUGCUGAUUUCGAUGCCCUUCAUUCCAACUAUUAACUCCUAGUCCUGUUGUUGAGGAUCUUCCAUACAGUGCAGAGAGUGGUGAGGGUGUUGGAAGUUCAAUUCCAAUCAUCACUCCAGUAAAUGUAAAAUAUCCUCGAGUAAGUAUAGUUUUAGUUUCUGUUUUUUUAUUUUUCUGUUUCAGUUAGUGUAUGUUUCUUGUCAUUUAGUAUAUGUUUUAUUUCAGUUAGUGUAUGUUUGUUUGUUGUGAGUUAGUAUCAGUUUAUGUUUGAGUUAGUGUAAGUUUCAUGUCAGUUAGUGUUUCUUUUUUGUCAGUUAGUAUUAUGUUAUGUUUCAGUUAGUGUAUCAUUCUUGUCAGUUAGUAAUUGUUUAAUUUUCAUUUGGUUUAUGUUUCUUGUCAUUUAGUAUCUGUUUUAUUUUCAGUUAGUGUAUGUUUAUCUUUCAGUUAGUAUAUCUGUCAUCCUUUUUUAAUAUUUUAAUUGAAUGCAGGGUGAUGGCUCUUAUUCUGAUCAAUCAUCAUACAAAUCCUACAAACCUCAGAAACAAUCAAGUCAGAAAUCCCUUC